AUGCUUCGUCCUACUUCGUCCCUCAUGCAACGUGCUCUCCGUAUUGGUAUGAUCCCUGCCGAUGGUAUCGGCAAGGAGGUGCUUCCAGUCGCCCAGCGUGUCCUGGAAGCUACGCCGGGAGCGCCGAAGAUGGAGUUUGUGCCGCUGCAGGCAGGUUUUGAGCUGUUCCAGAAGACAGGCGAUGCGUUGCCGCAGGCUACGAUCGAUACGCUGAAGAACGACUGCGAUGCUGCGAUGUUCGGCUCGGUGAGCAGUCCAUCCCACAAAGUGGAAGGCUACUCGAGCCCCAUUGUGCGUCUGCGCAAGGAACUGGGUCUCUAUGCGAAUAUCCGCCCUGUGAGUGGUCCGCCGCACAAGCCGGGCGCGCAGCCGAUUGAUAUGGUGACCAUUCGUGAGAACACAGAGUGCCUGUACAUCAAGUCUGAGACGCUGGAGGAGACGCCCAACGGCCAAGUCGCUCGGGCUAUCCGCCAGAUUUCCGAAGUGGCCUCGACGCGGAUCGGCAAGAAGGCGUUUGAAGUGGCUUUGGCGCGGAAGGCUAUGCGGGAGAAGGCCGGUAACACGACGCCGACCAAGGUCACGAUCUGCCACAAGUCGAACGUGUUGUCUGUGACGGAUGGCCUUUUCCGCACAUCGGUGCGUGGUGUGUAUGAGCAGGACAAGAAGGAAAACGGUGGUCCGGGCCGUUACGAUGGCAUUGCGAUGGACGAACAACUGGUCGACAGUAUGGUGUACCGCAUGUUCCGUGAGCCGCACGUGUUUGAUGUCGUGGUCGCCCCGAACCUGUACGGUGACAUUAUCAGCGAUGGUGCGGCGGCGCUGGUUGGCUCGCUCGGCCUCGUGGCAAGUGUCAACGCGGGCGACUCGUUCAUUAUGGGUGAACCUGUGCACGGCUCGGCGCCGGACAUUUGUGGCAAGAACAUGGCCAACCCGAUUGCCUCGGUACGCUCGGCGGCGCUCAUGCUCGAGUACAUGGGCUACACGGAGCCAGCGCUGACCAUUUACCGCGCGGUGGAUGCAGUGCUGGCGGAGGGCAAGGCUCUCACGCCUGACCUGCCAGGCGGCCAGGCGACCACGUCGGAUGUAGAGGCGGCGAUUCUUGGUGCGUUGGCCUAA